GAAUUCAUCACUUUGAAGAAUGAUUCUUUAUUGUUUUCAUAAGGAGAUUGAUUAACUCUAGUACUCUUGAUCUCUCUGUUGUCGCACCCUCACCUCACCCUCACUCUCGGUCUGCUCUCCGAUCUCUCCCCGAUCUAUCAGACGCCGAAGCCCAGAAAUUGAAAGAGUAUCUCUUGGAAAUUCAGUCACUGGUAUAAUAUAAUUUUGUGGCAUCAAGAUGCCGAUCGAUAAGAGUUGGACGUCAUUAAGGAAGCGUAACUGUGAUGCUUAUUGGAACGGUCUCCAAGCCUUCUUGAGAAUGGCAAAAGAACACGUAGACUGCGAUGGGAGAAUUUUAUGCCCGUGUGUGAGGUGCCUGAAUGUUAAACUACAAACUAUAGAUACAGUGGAGGCUCAUGUCUUUGACAAGGGUUUUCAACAGAGUUAUCAAAAGUGGGUUUACCACGGUGAGGUGGAAGCUAGUGUCGCCAAUGAGGUAGUUGAGGAGAAUGAAGAUGUAGACGAGAUGGUUGACGUCGUUGAUGAUUUCAUCUUACCGACAAAUGCAGAGGAAGCAGAUGGUGUGUCUGGCAGUCGAAUGGGACAGUAUUAUGACGAGUUGUUCGACGAGAUUGAAGCUGAGUUGUAUCCGGGUUGUGAUUGGAUAUCAUCCUUAAAAUUUUUGGCGAAGUUGAUGCAUUUGAAAGUUAGAGGGAAGUGGCCAAAUAACUCUUUCGAUGAAUUGUUGAAGUUACUAAAAUUUGCAUUUCCGAAAGAUAAUAAAAUUCCCCCAACACACUAUGAGGCGAAAAAGAAGCUGAGUAAGUUAGGGUUGGGAUAUCAAUCAAUCCAUGUGUGUAAAUAUGAUUGUUCCUUAUUUUAUAAUGAGCAUGCAAGCAAAGAUUCAUGUCAUGUGUGUGGGAGUAGCCGAUGGGUCAAUGAAAAGAAGAAGGGGAAAAAGGUUCCACACAAGGUGAUGCGUUACUUUCCGUUGACUCCCAGAUUAAAGCGAAUGUACAGUUCAAGACAUACAGCUAAUGACAUGUUAUGGCAUCAUACUGGGAGAUCAAUAGAAGAUGGGGUGAUGCGUCAUCCGGUUGACGGGUCUGCAAGGAAAGACUUUGAUGCCACCCAUCCUGAUUUUGCAAAAGAUCCUAGAAAUGUUCGUCUAGGCUUGGCUGCUGAUGGGUUUAAUCCUUUUGGCAACAUGAGCUUAUCAUACAGCAUGUGGCCUUUAAAACAAUUGUGGAUUAACGGAGUCGACACAAGAGAUGGCACAAGGAAUGAAUUGUUCAAGAUGCGUGCAGCCCUUCUGUGGACAAUUAACGAUUUCCCUGCUCGUAGUAGCUUGUCUGGUUGGAGCGGGCAAGGGUAUAAAGCAUGUCCAACGUGCAAUGAAGACACCACUUCCAUUCGAGUGAUUGGUAAGACAUCGUAUGUCGGUCAUAUGCGAUUCUUGAGGAGUAAUCAUAAGUAUAGAAGGGACAAGGAAUUUGAUGGCAAAGUUGAGAAAAGAAAUCCUCCACAACAGUUUACUUGUCAACAAGUUUUAGAUCAAGUCAAUGCUUUACCGCUUCAAGUGUCUGGUAAACAUGACAGAUUUAAGGGGGUGAAGCGCAAGCGAGGUGGAGGGGAAAAGGCGAGAUUUCUGUCAAUUUUUGAAAGGAGUGAAGUUGCCCGAUGGUUUUUGUUCUAA